UAAAUUGUACCUAAACCUUCCAGGUGUGCUCGGCGUUUGGGGCUCCAAAUGUGGAAGACCACGAUUUGUUCGUGGGCAGUUUUCGUGAUGAUAUCAACGUAAUGGCUGACACGAGAAAGCUCAUUGAGCAACUGGUUGAGAAUCUGCAGAAAUCGGCACAGGAAGCUUUGAGUUCGGUUAAUUCCUUCAAUGCUGGCAUUUUACACGAGGCAAACGAUAUUAAAAACAAAAUCGUUGGCGAUGUGCAGAAAUUCAAAAACCGUGUUACGGAUGCUGUUGAUAAUGUGAUGCACAGGAUUUCAAACUCCAGCCACGCUGUGAAGGAGUGUGUUGAUUCCCACAGGAGUGCUGCAGCUACAGUCUUCAACGACACCUUAUCCAACACUCUAUCUUGCGUCGACGAGAGGAUUUCUGAAGUCUCCAAGGAGAUCAAGCACUUAAUGACAAUCGCCAACGAGGCCAUCGCCGCUGGUUCCAAGGCUUUGGAAGAUAUGAAGAAGUGUACCGGAGAGAGCACCAACAUCUGGUACGCUGGGACUUGCUUGGCGCAUGUUGCGUUCAAGACUCAAUUGAAAUCUGCCGGAUUUCUUGGACAGUCUACUGUUUCGAUCGGUCGCAUCAACUUGGGCAUAGCAUCACUGCCAGCGGCCCUUGAAGUCUGUGCUGGGAUGCAACUCAUCCAAACUGGAAUCCAGACUGGAAAAAUCAUCGUGGACAUUGGCGGUUGUUCGGCUAGUGGAGUCUUCAACUCAAUGAUAGGCAAACCUCAGGUUGAAUAAGUACUUUCUGUGUAAAAUCAUGUUUAAGACGAAAUAAAUGUUUUAGCUUACUACUACCAUACCAACUUGUAUUAAGUU